CAUAGAUUCCGGAGCUCAUACAAGUCAAAACUAUUGCAUUCUUGUUAAUAUUUAAAGCAGGCCAAAGAUCUUCUUGUUACAACAUAUUCUCUUAGCCAAAUAAGUAAAGAGAGAGUAGUCUGUGAUAACUCCAAUAAAACUAUGUAAUAUAAAUCAAAUCAUACCAAAUCAAUUAUUUUCAAAGCCUUCAAUCAUGGCACAAGAAAAUGAUCAAGUACUCCAUGUAGUUUUCAUUCCAUACUUGACACCAAGUCACAUGAUCCCUUUAGUUGAUACAUCUAGACUUUUUGCUAGUCAUGGUGUCAAAGUUAGUAUUAUCACAACCCCCUACAACGCCCUCCUUUUCGAGUCCUCAAUCGAUCAUGCUACUGAAUUAGGUCACGAAAUCUUCGUCCACAAGCUUAAAUUUCCAUCUGAUGAAGUAGGCUUAGCUGAAGGGAUUGAAAACUUCAGUGUUACCACUAGUCAAGAAAUGGCUAUAGGUGUAUUUAUGGGAAUUGAUUUGCUUCAAAAACCAAUGGAAAGUCUUAUUUUCGAGCUACGUCCUCAUUGCAUUGUAUCAGACCUGCUUUUACCUUGGACUGUGGAUGUAGCAGAGCAAUUGAAGAUUCCUAGACUUGCGUUUUACCCGACUAAUGUUAUGUAUCAUUGUGUUGAACAUUGUUUGAAGAUGUAUACACCUCAUGAGAAGGUAAGUUCGGAUUCAGAAAGUUUUAAGGUUCUGGGAUUACCAGAUGAGAUUGAAAUGAAACGAUCUCAACUACCCGAAGAUGUGAAAAACAACCCUGAAGGACCAUAUUGGGAGUUGUUGAAGAGGAUUAAAGAAUCAGAACCGCGGAGUUAUGGUAUGAUUCAUAACACUAUCUAUGAUCUAGAACCGAGUUAUGCUGAGCUUUAUCAAAGAAUCAAAGGUAAAAAGCCGUGGCUUAUUGGUCCUUCGUUUCAUUUUUCAAAGAGAAACAAUUCGAGAAGUAGUCCAGAUCAAGAGCGACAUAGCUGCUUGAGUUGGCUUGAUUCUCAAGAAUCAAACUCUGUUGUUUACAUUUGUUUUGGAAGUAUGGGAAGGUUUUCGGAACCUCAGCUUACUGAAAUUGCCUUAGCUCUUGAGUCCUCGAAUUCGACCUUUCUUUGGGUGGUAAGAAAGGGAGAUAACACACAUGAAAGUUGGCUCCCCAUCGGGUUUGAGGAAAAAAUGUUUGCAAACAAUAAAGGUCUGAUAGUUAGAGAAUGGGUGCCACAGCUGAAGAUCUUGAACCAUCCAGCAACCGGAGCGUUCAUGACUCACUGUGGCUGGAACUCUACCCUGGAAUCUCUUACAUCCGGAGUGCCAAUGCUGACAUGGCCAUUGUUCGCGGAGCAGUUCUACAAUGAGAAACUGGUGGAGGUACUUGGAUGUGGAGUCAGUGUGGGGGCAGAGGUGUGGCAUAUUUCAUUUGACAUCACGGAUACGAUUGUGAAGAAGGAGAAGAUAGAGGCGAGUGUGAAAAUGUUGAUGAACGCCUCUAUGGAAAGUGAAAAUAUCAGAAAUAGAGCAAAAGACGUCGAAGCAAUAAUCAACAGGGCUGUGGAGGAAGGAGGUUCAUCUUAUAAUCAUCUAACUGCAUUAAUACAAGAGAUGAAGUUUCAUGCUUUUGGCAUAUCAGAAGAGUAAUAAGAAAUCUAAUGUCCCGAGCUUCGCUCAUUUUCCCUAAAAUAUGGAGUUACGGUCACUCAACUAAUACUAGUUAUUAUCUCAAAAAGGCAUACUUCUUCUUGAUUUCAAUCUUCUUCGACAAAGAAAAUGACUUUCUGAGAUAAUAAACUCGAGUGGAAGUUUUACUUUUUUUUGGGGAAGUUUCUAAAAAGUAACAUAGGGAGCUGUCUAUGAUACUUAUUGUGGUACACAUUGAUUUUUGUACUCAUGCUACACCUACAUAUUCCAUGUCACACUUUACUUUUUAGUCGAUCUAUAUAAUUAAUAGUUUACUUUAAAAUGUUCAUUUCAUCCUAAUAGGACAAUUUAUAGUCAUACAAACAUCUAUAACUUGUUUUACACUACAAGUUUCAAGUCUUACUUGAACGUCGCGUCAAGCCAAACAUCACAUAAAUUAAAAUGGAGGGAGUAGUACCUAGGUACUCUUUGGCCCACAUCUCCCUUUCAACUGAUUGUGCAAAAAGAUAACACAUGGAGAACCACUCAAAAUAUUGAUACAACUAAUCCAAAAUAAGAUUCCUUGAAGAAACAUACAUUGUAUACUAAUGUUUUUCCAUGAGUUUAUUAGGCUAUCUGUGAUGUGUUUGAAUCUAAUAUUAGGCUAGUCAUGGUGCUAAAGUUAGUAUCAUCACCACCCCCUACAAUGGUUCAAGAAGGAGAAGAUAGAGGCGAGUUUGAAGAUGAUGAACACCUCCACGGAAAGUGAAAUGAUCAAAUUCAAUUCAAUCUUCAGACUGAUUUUUGAGUUUACAACUUCACAUUAUACAAAACGUCAAAACCUAAAGUAAGAACUCUUUUCCUCUUAAUUUCUCUCUGUGUUGCACUUGUACAGUUCUUUUCAUGUUAGUUAUUAUUAUUUCUAUUUUA